GAUAAGCAGCUUAACCACAGGAUUAGACAUGUAUUUCUCACUGUCUUCAUCGAUUUCUGUAUUGUAUAUAUUACUUGUCGAAUUCGAAAUAGGCAUGCGUGGUUUAUAUCGUCUUGGUUUCUAUGAAAUACGGUUUGAAAGAUGAUUCUCAGGGAGCCUCUCCUGCUCCUCUGUUGCUAUAGUAACACUGCGGAAGCAGAUGUUCAGUGCAGAUGGAGGACUUUCGUCAUCCAUACAUUUCACCACUGCUAGUCCAUUUACUUACAUUAAAUCUGGUGCUGUGGAGGUCAGAAAUGACUCAGAAUAUAGAGUCCAUAUCUGAUCCAUAUCUGCUGAGUUUUUUCCCACCAUUCUUUUCAUACUGAGUUGUUAUCCUGUACUAUGGUUGUGCAGAAGUACAAAACAAAACACACAACAUCUGGACACUGGACACUCUUUAUGACAAUAUAAUGAAAGAACCCCAUGUUGUAUCAUAAGUAGCAUAAGACUUUAAAAUGGUCUGUUGUUAGGAUGUUGUUUUUGUGCUGAGAUUUAUCCUGUGCCUCUGCAUGAGGGAUGAAUCGAUCACACUUGUUCCUCCGUCAGUAUCAGAGAUCUGAAUAUUGGUGGAUAAGUGAUGCCGAUCCAGACUGACUCUCUGCAAGCUUCUGCUUCUUAUGCAAAACAUCUGUGUCAUUCUAUAAAACAAGUUAUGUCUGAUUUCCAUGUGCAAGAUGCCAGUAACACUUGUGAUAACAUAUUGUCUAUAAAAUUUUCAAACCUCUCUAACGUACAAUUUUCCAGUGACCUGUUCUACCUUACAUUUUUCAUUGGCUCAUUUAAAGUUCAGUGAAGUGCUUAUUUUAAGUUGUGGUGACAUCCCUAUAACUCUGGAUGAAAUAGGAUUCACUCACUUUCAAUAAGCACUUUUCUAUUUCUAUUGCAUCCAUAUAUAGAGUAUAGGGUUGACACAUUAAUGUUAUAAGUUGAAGAGGCUUGAAAUUUUUUAUACUGUUGGUGGAUCAGAAAAUAUUAUUCAUUUAUUCAUUUAGGGUCUCGUGGACCUGGAGCCUACUUUGAGAACACUGGGUACAUAGCAGGAACAAACCCUGAUUGCGACACCAGUCCAUCUCAGGGCAUUCUCCAUGCACACACACAUUUACACCUGGGGCAAUUUAGAAUAGCCAGUUGACUACUGGCAUGUUUUCUGGAGGUGGGAGGAAACCAGAGAACCCAGGGAAAACCCACAUAGGUAUAGGAAGAACUGUCUCCACUCAGACAGUACAGUAACCAGAGGUCAGGAUCAAACCUGGGACCCUAGAGCUGUGAAGCCUCCCACUGCACCACAGUGCCACCCAAUAUCCCAAAUCCAAUACACGGAUAUACAGAUUCAGUGUUUCAGGACAGUAUCCCCCCAACAUAUCAGUACUCACUAUCUGAUCUGUACAUUUCCAUUUGUGAUUUUUCUGUGGUAGAUUACUUACAGUACCUACAUUAUCAGAUACUAGGUACACUUACAGUAUAACGAAUAAACUGGAAAUUGAGUGUACAUAGCUUUCCUUUUUAGGUGGUGUACAACACUGUGGUACUGACAUUGUUACCCUGAUCUUAAUCAGACACUGACAACUGUAUUCAUAGUUUAAUUAGAGUAUGGCUUCAUUUGGGUUGAGUCCAGGCUUUAUGAUUGGUUAGCAGAGUCUUGGUGACCUGAAAUUGGAGCUAGAAUUCUCCCAUUAUGAUCCUUGGACAUUUAUUUGCUUCUAAGACCAUCCUCAUCUUUAAAUAUACAGUGGUGUCCAAAGGUCUGAGACCAUUAAUGAAAAUGCUUCUAUUUUGCAUUCCUUUUUAAUUUAAUGCAAUAAUUUUCAUUACAAAUGAUAUUAUUGAGUGAAAAGUAAAAUCUUUGAAAUAUUUACAUGAAAUUCCGCCCCUUUUUGCUUUAAUGACAGUGCGCAAUCGAGCUGACGGAGACGUCACAAGUUUGUGCAAAACCUUAUGAUCCAUUUUAGAUCAAAUCCAUCAGAAUGUCGUUUGAACACAUGCUUCAGUAGAAGAGAUAAAGCGUGAGGAAAAUCUGACCUUUUGUACAAAGCAAUUAACAUGCUCAAUAUCACAAAUUUGCUUACAUUUAAAUAGGGGCCUAGAAAUGGUGCAGAAUCUUGAAUAUUAAAUAUUCAAGAUAUUGAACAUUUACUUUCUUUGUUUGAAAUAUUUCAUAAUUCUAAAACCUUCUGCUUAUUUCCAAUUUUAAAUGAAAAAAAAAAAAAAAAAAAUCCCAGAUUUUCAGUGUGAUCUCUGAUGUUUGGACCCCACUGUAUUUAAGACCAUCCUCAUCUUUAAAUAUUGCCCUCAGCUUUAAUAAUUCCAGUGGGCACUGGAUAGUUUAACCAUGAAUUGCUUUACAUGCUUAAAACAAUUUCGAGCUUGUUUGGGAGACUAGUGGAUACCCACAGCCAUCAUUAAAAUGCCCAGUGAUUGCCUGUGUUGAAAAGGUCCUUUCUCAAAAUGUGAAACUAAUUGUGGUCCUCCACAUCUCACUCCCACAUUAUAGCACUUCCACCCUAUAAUUUUGUUUUCAGUUGUCCUCAAACCUCUACCAGCAUAUGCUAAGUGUAGCAAUUACAGCCUAUUUGCAAAUUGCUUUUGAAUAUAUAGAGCUUUUUUGAGUAGGUUGGACUUAGUUGAUAGAAAGGUACAUUUCAACACACUUUUCUAUACUUUGUUUUUUGUUUACUGCUUUUGAUCAGACAUUAUAAAUGAAAAAGCAGCAACUGAAUUGACAAACGAAAUCUCCACAGCGGGCCUUAUUCAGAGUGAAGUCCAAAAGUUACAUCAGUAUUUAUGUGGGGAAAGUUAUGCGUAUUCAGACUCCACUUACGCACAUGCUGAAGUCAGAAGCUCCACGGUCAGAUUAGGCAAAUCACCUGCGUGUAGUUCAUGCUUCCAUUUUUGAGUAGAGGUGUCAGUGGGGUUUUUCAAUUUAAUUUAGCCUUUAAACAUAAGCAUUUGCCUUAAAGACUGAAAGAAUUCAGGGAUAGAAAAUGCAGACUGAAGAAAGACAUAAAAGAAUGUUUUUUUUUCAAAUGUAAUGCGUUGUAACAUAAAAUAAAGAGACCAUUUAAAAAGGAAAUAAGGGUAAUACAGACAUCUAAUAGGACUUUAGUGUAUUGCCAAUAUACUAUAUUGCUGAAUAAAUAAUCAUAAUUGUAAUUAUCACAUUAAUCACUGCAAAUUUGGUUUAAUUUAACUACAUGGCUUCCAGCCUCAUUAUUCGGCAGCUCAAGCACAUCUUAUUAUUUAGCUUUUUUUUUUAUUUAUUGUGAGCCAACAGUUAAUUGUGCACACCACUUAACAAAGCAUUAUGAUAAGCAAGAUAAGUAAUGUCUCCAAGCAAAACACAUUUUUUGUUGACUUUAAAGGGACAGUACUAAUAAUUAAUUGUGUUCUGUUUAUGUAUUUAAUAUUAGCAUUGAAUGCCAUUCUAUAUUUUGUUGAGUGUACUUACCAUACCCAAAAUAUCAGCAUGACAUUUUGUGGUUAGUUAUGUUUGAUGUCAGAAUACAGAUGAAUGCAAUUUCUGUAUUAAAUUCUCAUUAUGCACCCACAACUCAAAUCUUAAUUAAAUGAGCACAAAUGUUCAUUUAACAGCAAAGCAGACAUAUUGUUGGUUGCAUAAGUAUUAAACCAUGUCAGACUGGAUGGAGACCAUUGGUAAACAGCAAUUAUCAAGCCUUGCCACAGUUCUCAGUUGGAUUGAGGUCUGGGCUUUGACUGUGCCACUCUAACACAUUCAAAUUCUUUGUUAUUAACCACUCUAGUGUAGCUUUGGCAGUAUGCUUAGAGUCGUUGUCCUGUUGGAAGGCAAACCUCUGUCUGAGUCUCAAGUCUCUUUUCUUUGUAUUUGAGUCCAUCUAUCUUUCUCUCAGCUCUGACCAGGUUUCCCAGUCCCUGCUGAUAAAAAAGCAUCUCUUCAACAUGAUGCUACCACCACCAUGCUCCACUAUGAAGAUGGUGUUCUCAGGGCUGUUUUGGAUUUCAAAAUGUAGCGCUUUGUGUUAAUGCCAGUUUUGGUCUCAUUAGAGCAGAGAGCUAUUUUCCACAAGCUUGCUGAGUCUGCAACAUGUCUUUUGGCAUAUUCACACCCUUUUUUCUCUCUGCCACUUUUCUGUAAAGUGCAGCUUUGUGAAGUGUCUCGGCUGUAGUUAUUCUGUGACCAGCUUCUCCCAUCUGAGCUUCAGAUCUCUCCAACUCCUUUAGCCCUUGGUCUCUUGGUUGCGUGAUAAUGUCCUCUUUAACCAGUCACAGACACUUGGUGGACGGCUUCCUCUAGGUUGUAGCAUAUAUGCUUUCCAUUUUAUAAUACUGGAUUUAAUUUUGCUUCACAGGAUAUUCAUUGUUUGGGAUUUUUUUAAUGAACAAACCCUGAUUUAUUGUAGACUAGUUUUGAUUGGUCCUUGGUCUUCAUGAUGCUGUUUGUUUAAGUAUGUUGUCUAGCAAUCAACAUACUUAAACCUGUUCCUGGGACCUUCCAUUUAUAUUAGUUCAUGUAACUCUUUAAUUGAACACUGGUGGACUUUCUAUGGUCUUCCGAUGGCAACUGGUUGCACCAGAACUAAUUUAUGGGUUUCACAGCAACGGGGUGAAUACGUAUGCGAUCACAACUUUUAAUAAUAAAACAACUGUAAUUAUUUACAAAUAAGUACGCAAACUAUAUUGAUUUUUUCUUUAUCACUUCAUUGCUAUGGGCUAUUUUAAGUAUAUUCACAAAAUCUAAGUGGAUAUAUGCAUAGUAAAACCUAUUUAAAUGAGGAUUUUAUCAUUUAUAACGCAGCUUCAGUUGCCAGUCAGAAAGGUCUUUAGCACAGCGCUGUGUCUUACAAGGAGUUUUCACAUUUUGACCGAUCAGCUUAAUCAAAUGAAGAAAAAUGCAUUUUACAAAGUUUAAAGUGACAUUGACGUAUUACAUUUUGGUGGCCUGAGUAUGGCAAUGUGGUACUUCAAUGCUUUGAUGCUUUAAUAGUUUAGUUAAUUUUUUUUUGUUUGUUUCUUGAAUAUUUUCCUAGAGCUAAACAGGAGGAGUCAUCAACACAUAUUUAUUGAUAAUCUUUCAUACUGGUUUCCACCCGUUUGUAUCCUGGGGAUGAAUGCACCAAUGAGGAGCCUGACCAUUCACUCCCUCUAUAGCACGGCAAGUCCCAGCAUGCUGAAGAGGAAGCAGAGCUCGCGCGUUGAAGCGCAGCCUAUGACUGACUUUGGGCCUGAUGAAACACUGACCGACAGCGCCGAUAUCCUUUGGAUCAACAAAGCAUGGGUGCACUCUUUACUGCGGGCCUGCGCCAUAAUCAGUGUCAUCUCCGUGUGCAUGAACACACCCAAGACAUUCGAGCACUAUCCCCCGCUGCAGUACGUCACCUUCACCCUGGACAAGCUGCUCAUGUUCCUCUACACUGCCGAGAUGAUCGCCAAGAUGCACAUCAGGGGCAUCAUCAAGGGAGAUAACUCCUACGUUAAAGACCGCUGGUGCAUGUUUGAUGGUUUCAUGGUGGUCUUUCUUUGGGUCUCUCUUGUGCUUCAGGUGUUUGAAAUAGCUAAGAUUGUGGACCAGAUGUCACCGUGGAGAAUGCUGCGUAUACCCAGGGCUCUUAUAAUGAUCCGAGCCUUUCGGAUCUAUUUCAGAUUUGAGUUGCCACGCACUCGCAUAACCAACAUUCUCAAGCGGUCUGGGGAGCAGAUCUGGAGUGUGUCCAUAUUUUUGCUCUUCUUCCUGCUCCUCUACGGAAUCCUGGGGGUUCAGAUGUUCGGCCCGUUCAAUUAUCACUGCGUUACGAAUGAUACACAGAAAGAUAAUGUGACGUGGAACAACCUUGCCAUUCCUGACACACACUGCUCUCCAAAUGGAGAGGGAUACCAGUGUCCCAUGGGCUUUAAGUGCAUGGACCUGGAGGACCUGGGCCUCAGUCGACAGGAGCUGGGCUACAGCGGCUUCAACGAACUUGGCACCAGCAUAUUCACAGUGUACGAGGCUGCCUCGCAGGAGGGCUGGGUCUUCAUCAUGUACCGUGCCAUCGACAGCUUCCCACGCUGGCGCUCCUACUUCUACUUCAUCACGCUUAUCUUCUUCCUUGCUUGGCUGGUCAAGAAUGUGUUCAUAGCUGUGAUCAUUGAGACAUUUGCUGAGAUCAGGGUGCAGUUUCAACAGAUGUGGGGCUCCAGAAGCAGCACUACAUCCACAGCAACUACACAGAUGUUUCAUGAGGACGCGUCUGGAGGAUGGCAGCUUGUGGCGGUGGAUGUUAAUAAACCACAUGGCCGUGCUCCUGCCUGCCUCCAGCACCUGAUGCGCUCGUCUAUGUUCCACAUGUUCAUCCUGAGUAUGGUGGCCGUGGAUGUGAUUGUGGCCUCCAGCAACUAUUACAAGGGCAAGAACCAUAAAAAGGACUACGAUGAGUUCUACCUGGCUGAGGUUGCUUUCACAAUGCUGUUUGAUCUGGAGGCUCUUUUAAAAAUCUGGUGUCUGGGCUUCACUGGCUACAUCAGCUCUUCUCUACACAAGUUUGAGUCUCUGUUGGUGGUGGGCACUACACUGCACAUCUACCCUGACCUCUACCACUCCCAGCUCACCUACUUCCAAGUGUUGAGAGUAGUACGUUUGAUCAAGAUCUCUCCUGCGCUAGAGGAUUUUGUUUACAAAAUCUUUGGUCCAGGGAAGAAGCUGGGCAGUCUUGUGGUGUUCACAGCGAGUCUACUCAUAGUCAUGUCUGCCAUCAGCCUACAGAUGUUCUGCUUCGUGGAGGACUUGGACCGCUUCACCACCUUUCCACGGGCCUUCAUGUCCAUGUUUCAGAUCCUCACUCAGGAAGGUUGGGUGGAUGUCAUGGAUCAAACCCUGGUAGCAGUGGGACAUAUGUGGGCUCCGGUGGUGGCCAUUUACUUCAUUCUCUACCACCUGUUUGCUACUCUGAUCCUGCUGAGUCUGUUUGUGGCAGUAAUUCUGGACAAUCUUGAGCUUGAUGAGGACUUAAAAAAGCUAAAACAGCUGAAGCAGAGUGAGGCCAAUGCUGACACAAAAGAGAAACUCCCUUUGCGCUUGCGUAUUUUUGAGAAGUUCCCCAACAGACCACAGAUGGUGAAGAUCUCCAAGCUGCCAUCAGAUUUCACUGUGCCCAGGAUCAGGGAGAGCUUUAUGAAACAGUUUAUAGACCGGCAGCAGCAGGACCCCAGCUGUCUGUUCCGCAGGCUUCCUUCUGCCUCCUCUUCCUCCUGUGACCACUCCAAGAGGUCGGCCAUUGAGGACAAUAAAUACAUUGAUCAGAAGCUGAGGAAAUCAAUAUUCAGCAUCCGUGCUCGCAAUCUCUUGGAAAAAGAAACAACCGUCAAUAAAAUCCUACGAGCCUGCACCAGACAGCGCAUGCUGAGUGGCUCCUUUGAGGGCCAACCGACCAAAGAGCGCUCCAUCCUCAGUGUGCAGCAUCAUAUUCGCCAGGAGCGCAGGUCUCUCAGACACGGUUCCACCAGCCAGAGGAUCAGCAGAGGCAAAUCACUAGAGACGCUCACUCAAGACCACUCAAGCACUGUACGCUACCGCAACGCUCAGAGAGAGGACAGCGAGAUCAAGAUGAUCCAGGAGAAGAAGGAACAGGCUGAGAUGAAACGAAAAGUGCAAGAAGAGGAGCUGAGAGAGAAUCAUCCUUACUUCGACAAGCCGCUCUUCAUAGUGGGGAGAGAACAUCGCUUCAGGAACUUCUGCAGAACGAUCGUGCGGGCCCGCUUCAACGCCUCGAAAACAGAUCCUGUAACAGGAGCAGUGAAGAGCACAAAAUAUCAUCAGUUAUAUGAUCUGCUAGGCUUGGUCACAUAUCUGGACUGGGUAAUGAUCGUGGUUACUAUCUGCUCUUGCAUCUCCAUGAUGUUUGAGUCUCCGUUCACCAGGGUCAUGCAUGUGCCAACUCUACAGAUAGCCGAGUACGUGUUUGUCAUUUUCAUGAGCAUUGAGCUGACCCUGAAAAUCAUGGCAGACGGUCUCUUCUUCACCCCUACUGCAGUUAUCCGAGACUUUGGUGGAGUCAUGGACAUUUUCAUCUAUUUAGUCAGUCUGAUCUUCCUGUGCUGGCUGCCCACCAAUGUGCCUCCAGAAUCAGGUGCUCAGCUUUUGAUGAUGCUGCGCUGCCUGCGUCCUCUGCGCAUCUUCAAGCUGGUGCCUCAGAUGAGGAAGGUGGUGCGUGAGGUCCUCAAAGGAUUCAAAGAAAUCUUCCUGGUGUCCAUUCUUCUCCUGACAUUAAUGCUGGUAUUUGCGAGCUUUGGGGUGCAGCUUUUUGCUGGGAAGCUUGCCAAAUGUAAUGAUCCUCAUAUAAUUGAAGAGAAAGACUGCCACGGCAUGUUCAGAAUCAAUGUGAGCAUCUCUAAAAACCUCAACCUAAAGCUCAGAGCAGGAGAGACGAAACCUGGAUUUUGGGUACCCAGAGUGUGGGCGAACCCUCGCAACUUCAACUUUGACAACGUUGGUAAUGCCAUGUUGGCUCUUUUUGAGGUCUUGUCUCUGAAGGGAUGGGUGGAGGUCAGAGAUGUGAUUAUACACAGAGUAGAUCCGACCCACGGCAUCUACAUCCACGUCUUCGUGUUCUUGGGCUGUAUGAUUGGCCUCACACUGUUUGUGGGGGUGGUAAUAGCUAACUUUAAUGAAAACAAGGGUACAGCUCUGCUGACAGUGGACCAGAGGAGAUGGGAAGACCUGAAGAGCAGGCUGAAGAUUGCUCAGCCACUGCACCUUCCCCCACGUCCAGAAAAUGGUGGCCUCCGUGCCAAGAUGUAUGACAUCACGCAGCACCCUUUCUUCAAACGAGGCAUAGCAGUGCUAGUCUUAGCCCAGUCUGUUCUACUGUCUGUCAAGUGGGAUGUGGAUGACCCAGUGACGGUUCCCCUGGCGACCAUGUCUGUAGUUUUCACAUUCAUCUUUGUCCUAGAGGUUACUAUGAAGCUGAUAGCCAUGUCACCAGCUGGUUAUUGGCAGAGCAGGAGGAACAGAUAUGACCUGCUGGUUACGUCGCUCGGCGUCAUAUGGAUCAUUCUGCACUUUUCUUUAUUGAAUGCCUAUACCUACAUGAUGGGCACUUGUGUGAUAGUGCUGAGGUUUUUCACCAUAUGUGGAAAACAUGUGACUCUGAAGAUGCUUCUGCUGACGGUGGUGGUGAGCAUGUACAAGAGCUUCUUCAUUAUAGUGGGCAUGUUCUUGCUGCUCCUUUGUUACGCCUUUGCCGGAGUGGUACUCUUUGGCACUGUCAAAUACGGAGAGAACAUUAACAGGCACGCAAACUUCUCCACUGCAGGGAAGGCCAUCACGGUGCUGUUCCGCAUCGUCACAGGUGAAGACUGGAAUAAGAUUAUGCAUGACUGCAUGGUACAGCCUCCGUUCUGCACACCAGACAAGCACCGCUACUGGGAGACAGACUGUGGCAACUACGCCGGCGCCCUUAUCUACUUCUGCUCGUUCUACGUCAUCAUCGCCUACAUCAUGCUGAACCUGCUCGUUGCUAUCAUUGUGGAGAACUUUUCUUUGUUCUACUCCACGGAGGAGGAUCAGUUGCUAAGCUACAACGACCUGCGGCACUUUCAGAUCAUUUGGAACAUGGUGGAUGACAAGCGGGAGGGUGUGAUCCCCACCUCCAGGGUGAAGUUUCUGCUGCGACUGCUCAGGGGCCGGCUGGAGGUGGACCUGGACAAAGACAAGCUGCUCUUUAAGCACAUGUGCUAUGAGAUGGAGCGACUGCACAGUGGUGGAGAUGUUACCUUUCAUGAUGUGCUGAGCAUGCUGUCAUACCGCUCAGUGGACAUCAGGAAGAGUCUGCAGCUGGAAGAGUUGCUGGCAAGAGAGCAGCUGGAGUACACCAUUGAGGAGGAGGUAGCCAAGCAGACAAUCCGCAUGUGGCUGAAGAAGUGCCUCAAACGCAUCCGGGCCAAGCAGCAGCAGUCGUGCAGCAUCAUUCUGAGUCUGCGUGAGAGUCAGAAGCAGGACCUACGUCGCCUGCUCAACCCACCCAGUAUUGAAACUACUGUGCCCAGUGAUGAAGCCAACACCAACAACCAGGACAACCCCACACAACCCGAGCAGAACAGUGGCUUGCAGACUCUGCUGAGCCCCACUCUGUCAGACCGCAGCAGCUACAGGCAAGACUCUGCAGAUCGGCCCCAGAGGAAGCUGGGCCAGUGGAGACUGCCCACAGGACGCACCAGUGUGAAGUCCAUGGUGUGCAAGAUGAACCCAGUAAACGACGAGGCCUCCUCGGGGUCAGAGGUUAAAAAGUGGUGGACUCGACAGUUGACCGUGGAGAGCGAUGAGAGUGGCGAUGACCUCAUUGAUAUUUGAGAGACCAUAGUUUCAAACAUAAACACACUCAAAAACUGAAGUAUAUGCUGUCAGAAAGAAUUCUUUCUGUUCAUUCCCUAAGAUUUAGCUCCUUGUUAGAGUAAUAUCCAAUAAAGGCUCCUGCCUAUUGAAAAAGGUGAUAGCUACAGAUGGGGAAGAUAUAUGCAUUUGAACAUGCCUAUAAUAUGCAUUGUUGAAGUAUGCAAAUGUGCAGAGAAAUCUAUAUUCCGUUCAGAAUGUGUCCUUUUUCAUUGGCUUCCCUGAAACUACUGGUUCGAAGGCCAUUUGCAAAGCAAGCUUCCGUGUGUGGUUUAAUAGCAGUCCAUAAAAGACCCAUUCACUUUUAUGUAUUAUGAUUUCAUCACCAUUACCGCUGAAUGAAACGUGUAUCGAUUUAUCCUCAUCAUGGUUUAGUAUCUGAUAGGGCCUUUUGUAAGCAAGCCGAUCUUGCUUGGCUGCAUCUGAGAACUUAUAGUUAUUGGAGGAAGAUCUCUGUAAGCUUUAGUGUUAGUAAUGUAGUCACACAAAGAGUAGAUGGUGUGAGCCCUCAGGAAACAGAAUCGUAAUUUGAGACCCAAAUGCAAUGGUUAUGGCAACAGUUUUAGUGCCAGUAUGUGUUCUUGUAUGUCUACCCUAAACUGACAUGAAAGCCAUACAGUGUUUCUCUGUCUUUGUUUUGUUUGUCUUUGUGCCAGUGUCUUUCUUCUUUAAUUAAUCUCCAGGUUUGCUCAUGAGUUGUUGGAUUUAUAAAUGUCCAUUAUGUGUAUUGGGCAUCGUGAUACAGUAAGCGACAGUCUUCAAACUGCAGACAAGACAGUGUACCUCUGUGUGUUCAAGUUAACUGUGCAAAAUAAUGAUAGUAUUACAAAAAGUAAUAUUAAAUUAUUUAAUAUAUAAAAUAAGCAUAUCAUAAAUCUAUUUUGUAAAAAGGCAGUUUAUAGAUAUACUGUGAUUUUAAAUUAUAAAUAAUAAAGCUUGUUAAUAAUAUGGUGUUCUGUAGCAAUGUUACUUUCAUUUCCUAUCUCAUAAUUGAUCUGAGACAAAGGUUAAAAAUUCUUUAUUCAUGGUCAGCAUGUGGUUAA